GUCACGUGAGCGGGAGCGAUGGAGGCGGCCAAGAUGGCGUCCCCCAAGAGCGCCCCCAAAGACGCGCAGGUGAUGGCGCAGAUCCUCAAGGACAUGGGCAUCACUGAGUACGAGCCGCGCGUCAUCAACCAGAUGCUGGAGUUCGCCUACAGGUACGUGACCACCAUCCUGGAGGAUGCCAAGAUCUACUCGAGCCACGCCAAGAAGUCAAGCGUGGAUGCGGACGACGUGCGCCUGGCGAUCCAGUGCAGGACAGACCAGUCCUUCACCUCCCCCCCGCCCAGAGACUUCCUGCUGGACAUCGCCCGCCAGAAGAACCAGACGCCGCUGCCCCUCAUCAAACCCUACUCGGGGCCGCGGCUGCCCCCCGACAGGUACUGCCUGACCGCCCCCAACUACAGGCUCAAGGCCCUGCAGAAGAAGGUCUCCUCCACAGCAGGCAGGAUCACAGUCCCUCGCCUGAGCGUGGGUGCCGUGAGCAGCAGACCCAGCACUCCCACUCUGGGUACCCCCUCAGCCCAGACUGUGUCUGUGUCAGCCAAGGUGGGGGCCCCGGUGUCUCUGGCCGGGCAGCGCUUCACUGUCCAGAUCCCAUCCUCCCAACCUGCUGGGAAGUCAGGUAUGGCUGGGAUUGCCUUGGGGUUGGAGCACAGGGAUAAUCACAGGGUGCUUUGGGUUGGUAGGGGAAAAGCUCCUCCAGUCCCACUCCUGCCACAGGCAGGGACACCUUCACUGUCCCAGGUUGUUCCAACCUGGCCUGGACACUUCCAGGGAUGGGGCAGCCACAGCUUCUCUGGGCAACCUCAAGUGGGAAGUAACCUCCCCUCUCCCUCAUUCCAGUAUCUUCCAGUGUCCAUUCCCAGCACAGCAGUGACAGCCACAGAGCAUCAGUGUCUCUCAUGCCUUGGCUCCACCUCUGGGCUCUCACUCCUCUGUCCUCACCCCACAAGCAUUUCCCCACCUUCUCCACUUCCAUCUGGGGAUCAUUCCAGGGUUUUCAGCCUGGGAUGUUCAGCCAGCACACUGCUUUAUUGCCUUGGAAGUUGUUUCAGUGGGGAAGAUCCCCUGUCCUUUUUCCAAGCUCUCACUAAAUGAUUCCCUUUGGUGCCACAGCCACCCCGACCACCCCGACCGUGCAGAACGUGCUGAUCAACCCGUCCCUCAUCGGCCCCAAGAACAUCCUCAU